UCUCUGGCUUAUCGGCCGCUGUCCCUAUCCGAACUUGCCGUCGUCGCAGGUUUGCCGCAAAGUCAAGGACUACCUGGAGCGCUUCUUCCACCCAACCAACGUCGUUCAAGGACAUGCCGCCAUCGCUAGACGUUCCAUGGAUGCUAUAUCAAAACUGGAACGUAACAUCUACGGCUUCGGCCUCGGCUAUAGACACGACAUGCCACCGCCACACCCGGACCCGCUCGCUCCGCUACGAUACUCCUGUCUCAUGUGGGCCGACCAUCUUCUCAGCCAGGGUGUAAUGCCUCUACUUUAUGACGUCCCCUACGAGUUUCUAACGGGGUCAUUCCUCCGCUGGCUUGAAAGUCUGUCACUCAUGGGAGAUGUCAGGCCCAUAACAGAGUCGAUAGUAAAGUUGCUCCAUGGCAUCAAGUCACAAUCGGGUUUGAAUAAUCGGCUCGUUGGGUUUCUUAAAGACGCCAAAGCAUUCGUCGACGGUUAUGAAUUCUUCAUAAAGCUUGCUCCAUUACAGAUAUAUAGCUCCGUGCUCGUGUUGAGCCCUAUAACGAGCGAGUUUAGCAAAGCGCAUUGGAGGGAAAGGCUACCGUGUAUCAAGGCCAUGACAGAGCCUCUUGAUACGUCCAGCACAUGGUGCUCGUACCGCAACAGCAAGCGAGUGGGCGAAGGCAAGGAUUGGGACGGAGAUACAAAUCUAGUACUCUCCCCCGCCGGCAACAAGCUCGUGUCCAGACACAAUCGGCAUUCUUACGAUUGGGUCAAUGUAUACACUACUUGGACUAGUGAUAAAGAGUACAAAGGGGUCAAAUCGAUUAUCCGACUCUGGGACACGGCGACAGGCAAACUUCUAAAGGUCGUCGACAAGUGCCUCGGAACCGACAACUAUUACCCCGAAAAAGACCCCUUGGUAGCUUUCUCGCCUGACAGCAAGAUGCUGGCGUUUGUGAAUGAAAGCGGUAUCGUGGUUUGUGAUACAGCGACAGGUGAAAACCUGCACGUUCUAGAGGCAGGAGAUACGGAUCGGCGGUUUUGGCUCUGGUCAUUGGCGUUUUCGCCAAACAGCAAGAUGCUCGUGUUAAGCAGCUACUAUCUUCGCGAUGGUUGCGUCACAGAAGUCUGGGAUUUGACGACAUGCGUGCGCCUGCGCAAGCUCUUGCCAGCGUGGAAUAUAGUAGCAGUCAUAUCGCCUAAUGCCAAGAUGGUUGCAGCAGUGCGCAUAAGCACGUAUGAGGGGGACUCGGAGUCAUCCGCCCAACUUUGGAAUAUUUCAACGGGAGAAGUCAGGGCCGUUACUACAGGGCAGGCCGUGACUUCCGCAAUAGUCUUUUCGCCAGACGAGACGAUGUUCGCGUCGGUUGGUUUAGAUACUUCAGUAUGUGACAGCCUGAGUCGGCCUUCGAUCGUGAAAGUCUGGGACACGGUGACGGGUUCGUGCCGGUGUAUCCUCAGACCCAACUGGAAACAAUCCUUCCAUGAAAUAGUUUUCUCGCCGGACAGCAAGACGCUUGCGUCGUCGGAGCAAGACGGGACUGUCCGAUUCUGGGAUUUAACCACCGGCGGGUGCAGGUGGAGCGUUAAGCUGCCUUGUUCCGUUGAGAACAUCGUUUUUUCUGAGGACGGUCGCUAUCUCGAGACAAACCUAGGCACCAUAAGCGCCAUUCCAGCCCCAGACUCUUCUACGACUUCCGGAGGCCAGGCAUUACCGAGCUGUAUCUAUCACAAGGGGGACUGGAUUUACCGAGAUGGACGGGAACUGAUGUGGGUGCCUGACCGCAAUUGGAAUGUGAAGGUUUACGGACGUACGGUAAUGGUGGGAGAUCGUCUUUCCGGUCUUGUGACAUUCAUUUACAUUGAUUGAAAUAUCAUACGGGUAGAUCGCCUUAGGUUUGAGGAGACAAAGAGCUUGAGAGAUGCUAUGCAUCCUGUUGUCCCUGUAGCGCGCUGUCCGAUCCAUCGAUACUCGGAUUUGUUGAACCAGCAGCCCAACAUUUCAGACAGGGCCGAACCCAUUCUACAAUAGUAGUGUACGAAUGAGCAUUGCUGCAAGUGAGCUCUCAAUUAGCCACAUACCAGGUGGAAUAGCAUGGACAUUCGUUAGUGGGCGGAUCGACACUUGAACAACUCUGAAGUCCAC